AUGCCAAUGCUAGACGGUGUACCCAGUUCGUUCGACGCCGCGCCAAGUAGAGUUCAGGACCGAAUCAUCCUGGAGGCUCUUCUGCUCUCUCCGCCUCUGAUCCCCAUCUUUCUCUCUGAGAUGGGACGAAGAAUACAUAAAGCUACUGUGAACGUCAUAUUCAAAGAGCUAAGAAUUGAAGACGAACAAGCUGCCCUGUCUCGGUCUGCUCUUCACGCAAUUCUUGUCAAUCCAUCUCGCUACGGAGAUGCCGUUCGGACCAUCCACGUGAUAGACCAUGCUUCAACCCCUCUUCAUGGAUGUUUCUCGCCUCUAUCAGAUCCCCAGUUCGACUCCCCAUCCGAAUCUCACUCAAUGGACAGCCCAACUUGCCGUCUGCGACCAAUCAGUACAAAAGAGCUGCAAGAGGUUCUCAAGAGCGUGCCUCUCCUAGAGCAAUUUAUCUGGUCGUCGAGUGUUUGUCCUCCGGAUGGCAUCUGCGAAAUUCUGCACACACACAACCCACGAUUGAGCCGGUUCGAGUACUCACCGGUCACCUCUAGAGUUGCGAAUCAAAAUGCUGUGCCUAGAUGGGAUGCACUAUCUCUUCCCCUCCUUGCCUCUCAACAUGCUUUGAGUACCCUCAAGGUUUCUCGGCUCUCUCAUGCGGGCGCACAAUCUCUUGCGCAGUUUAUGAGCGAGCUCGACGAAGAAUCGAUGCUAGAAGAAGUCUCCAUUGACACAAAUUGGAUGGACGAAGCUUUAUGUGAGCUGCUGGGAAGAGCUUGCUCCAAGGCCCGGCGCUUGGAAAUAGGUUCAGAUGGUAUCCGGUUUAACGACAAAUGCUUAUUGACGCUAUUACCCUUAUGCGAAAACUUGACAGAAUUCACGUUGGGAAAUGUCCAAGGGAAACUCUCCAAGGAACUUUGGCGAAAGAUGGCUUCGUAUCCACCGCUUCAAAAGAUUCGCGUGAAUAUUUCCGAAGGGCUGGUUCAACACUCCUGGUCGAUUGAUCACCUUUCAUCGCUUCAUGACUUUCCAUUCGGACACCUGACGCAUCUUAGUGUGAAACGAAUCUUCGCUCCCAUGAUUUAUCGCGUCCAUCAAGUUGCCUCUAUGCAGCCGGUACCGCCCGCUUUUGCCCAAGCCGUCGCAAGUGCAACUACCCUCGAGAAACUAGAGUGCGAUUGGUGGAGUUGGAAACCAGAUACUCUUCGCUUGCCAUUGGAACAGUGUAAACUACUCCAGACUCUCACUGUCGCUUUUGACGGACCAUUUUCAAAGCUCUUUGCUAUGACUCUUCCUUUUUCCGCAGCGACUAGCCUGCGCACUCUUUCUGUGUUCAUACCAGAAGAGUACUUUCCUGCACUCUCGUCAUCUCCAGUUCUAUCGAUUCGCCAAAGCGUCUCUCGAAGCCCAUCCGUCUCACCUGUUCAACGCAGUAGGCCUCUGCCGAGCCCCCUCGACAUAUCCGAAUCACACAGCGAAGAACACACGUUCUCCGUGCAGUUGGCUCAAUUGAACGAAACCGGAAUACCUCUUAGAGAAAUUCGAAAAUUCGUUAAACGAUGCAGCUCUAUCCGCGACAUUAUUUGGUAUGGAAAACGAGGCACGAAGGCUCAUUGGACGAUCACUUACCCCGCACACACUUCUAACCCUCUUAUCAUCAUUUUGCCACCCACGAGCACACCAGAUAGUUUGGAACACUCGAUGCAGGAAAAUUGGACCUCUUCAACAAUCAAUAGUAUAAACAGGGAGGGUUCUAUCUGGGAAGGGGCGCUCGCCGAGAAGUACAAGUCCAAGUAUGCAGAGAUGAAUCGACGAGAGGAGAAUGCGACCAAAGCAGAGAAGGCCAAUAGGGCGAAUUCAAGGAAAUCACCUUCGAGUCAGCGACCUAGUAUUUCACCCAUCAUCAUAACACCCACGAAAGGGAAAUCUACCAAACAGAAUCAAUCAUCAAGUCCUGGCUCACCCCUCAACUACCAGCGCUCGCCCGCAAGUUCGCCUGAGAACUACCUAAUGAGUCACUUGCAGAGAAGACCCGCAGGGCAAGUGAUUCUGCCAUUGCUAACGGGGGAGCUCCAAGAGGAAAACCCAGGCCUCGGGGUCAAGCUCGAGGAUUAA